AUGCUUCGACAUCCGGCCCUGCUUCUCGGUCUCCUGAGCAUCGCUGUGGCUCAGAACAGCUCGAAUACAUCCUCGGAUGGUUUCCCAAAUGACCCCAUCCUCGAUUACCGCCCGGUGCUCGCGCGGUCACUGCCCAUCCAGCUACUCUUGAACGGGAUCGUGCUCACCCUGACGGCCGUCCUUCUCCUCCAACUGCUGUUUACCGCCCAGUACCACUUCCGGCUUGCGCCUAUCAACUUUUCCCUGCAGAUCUCCGCAGUGUGCACCCUCCUGGUCAGCUCCAUCUCGACCGUCCACGUCGUAAUGGAAGCGCUCUCGGAGGAGAGCUCGACGUGGCCGUACAUGCUCAAUUAUGUCGCGGUCGACAUCCCUCCAGACGCAUCGUCCGGCUGGACGAUGGGGCAGCUUGGAGCGUGGCUGCUCAUGACGGCGACGACGGGAAUGCUUAUCCAGAUCACGCAUAUCCAAUUUUUGACGCUACUGUUCCCGUCAAAGCUGGAGAAGCGGCUCAUCAUCGUGCUGCUGGGGCCGCUGGCGGUGGUGUCGGCGGUGAUGCAGAUGCUGCGCGUCGUGAAGGACGCACAGCGAGCGGUGGUGGCGGUGCAGAACGUGUGCAACGCGACGCUGUCGCUGCUGUUCACCGCGGCGCUGUUCGUGUGGGGCUUGCUGGUGAACCGGAAGAACGCCUGGCGGACGGACGGCGGGACGGCGUCGUUUGGAGUGGGUGCGCUGACGCUGGCGCCACUGUCGACGGCGAUCUCGCUGCUGUCCGUGCCGCUGAAGGACGAGUUCACGUGGAUGAAGCCUCUGAUGUGGUCCGUGAUCCUCUGGCAGAGCUUCCUCGGCUGGUGGUGGUGGGUCGGGGCGGGGAUGGGCGUGGGGGAUCUGGAGGAGCUACUGAGUCGGACGGAGAAGCGGCAGAAUGGGCGGAAGCGCCGGUCGGCGCGGCGGCGUGGGCAGCGAGAGCGGGCGGAGACGAUCUGGAAGGGCGUCACGGACGCGUUUGGGUUCGGGCGGGGGGAUGCACACGAGACACAGGACGAGACACGGACCUCGAGCUCGGCGGCAUCGGCAUCAGCGUUGACAUCGACGCGGGGAGUGUGGCGGCGGCCGUAUGCGUGGUUCGCGUUCCUGCGAAGGGAGCACCUCGCGGCGACACGAGAGCAGGCGGUGGAGUGGGUGGAGCGGGUGAACGAGGUGUAUGGGCGGGAGGAAGGCCAAGGGCGCGGCUCGCGUGGGUGGGGCCUCGGGCAAUAUGCGAUCCGGCGGGUGGAGGAGGCGGCGGAUAACGAGACGGUCGUCGGGGACGAGGAUGUGGACGUUGUCGACGACGACGAGGGUGUGGAUCAGGUUGAGCGGGGCGAGGAUGGACGUAGGAAGGGCGGAGAUGCGGAGAUGGACGGGGACGAGGGCAAACGUAGGAUGCGGAGACGGAAUCGGCGGCGAGACGACGACAAUGCUGGCGAGGCACCUGCCGCACAACCUCCAGAAGCAUCCCCUUCGUCGAUGUGGUGGUGGGGGCCGUUACGGAGAUGGAGGUUACACGACGUAACUGAGUAUUAA